AUGUCGCGAUUUAGUUGCAACCAGACUUUGCUCUAUGGCCACGGCACUCCUGAGGAACUGGACCAGCUGAAAAGCGAUCUUGAGGCCGGCAAGCGUAUCUGUGCCCUAUUCACGGAGUUCCCUACAAACCCGCUCCUUACGUGCGUUGAUCUCCGCCGUAUCCGAAGACUUGCAGAUCAAUAUGGCUUUGUUGUUGUGUGCGACGACACAGUCGGCACCUCCGUCAAUGUAGACAUCUUGAGCUACGUGGAUGUUCUUGUGACGAGCCUCACGAAACUAUUCAGCGGAGCCUGUAAUGUAAUGGGCGGCAGUGUUGUGGUCAACCCUAUGUCUCGGCACCAUGAACUUCUGACCGAGAAGCUGGGCGCUCUUUUAGUGGACAGCUACUAUCCUGAGGAUGCCUUGGUAAUGGCACAGAACUGCGCAGACUUUGACGUCCGCAUCGAUGCCAUAAACGCGAACGCCGAGGCACUCGCAUCGCUGCUCUCAUCACGCAACGAUCUGGUGAAGCAGGUGUACUAUCCUUCGAUGGGGCGCUCGAGGGCGAUGUACGACACAUUCCGGCGGCCGGGACGGGGGUAUGGGUACUUGGUAACCAUCGAGUUCAACCAACCGCAGUAUGCUACUGUCUUCUUUGACAACCUGGACGUUGCAAAGGGUCCAUCCUUGGGCACCAACUUCACCCUGGCAUGCCCCUAUACGCUCCUUGGACACUACGGCGAGCUGGACUGGGCUGCCAAGUAUGGGGUUGUGGAGCACCUUGUUAGAAUCAGCGUCGGCAUGGAGGACGACCUCAUCGGUCGAGUCGAGGCAGCGCUGCAGGCCGUGGACGCGGGAAGAGCUGGUUGUUGCUAA